AUGAUAGUCCUUGUUCUGUUGCCCAAACUUCUUGGGCAUAUUACCUUUUACUUUCCUGGUUCACAAGCAGUUUUUACGGGAGACACUUUGUUUAGCCUAUCAUGUGGGAAGCUUUUUGAAGGAACCCCUGAACAGGUCCUGAGGGUUGAUUUGAGGGUGGAUUUUGAUGGAUUUAAAUCAACAGUUUACAAUCCACAGAUUUCACAUCAAAGAAUCAUGUUACUGAAAUCUUCAGCAUUCUAG